AUGACUUGCCGGCGCCCGAGCCUGCGGUCCAACUGCACUGCCGCUGCCGCUGCCGCCGCUGCCGCUGCUGCUGCGCGGGAUAGGAAAGAGGUGAAAAUGAUCCCCAAGUCUUCCUUCAGCAUCAACAGCCUGGUCCCCGAAGCGGUCCAGAGCGACAACAACCACCACCACCACGGCCACCACAACAGCCACCACCCCCAGCACCACCACCACCACCACCACCACCACCAUCACCACCCGCCGCCCGCCCCGCCGCCGCCGCCGCCGCCGCAGCAGCCCCAGCCGCCGCCGCCGCCGCCCCCCCCGGCGCGGGGCGUCCCGGCCGCCACCGGCCCCGCCGGCGUGGACGACGACAAGGGCCCCCAGCCGCUGCUGCUCCCGCCGCCGCCCUCGGCCGCCGCCCUGGACCCCGGCAAGGCGGACGCGCUGGGGGCGGGCGGCGGCAAGGGCGAGCCGUGCGCCGCGGCGCCCGGGGGGGGGGAGCUGGCGGCCGCCGCCGGGGUGGUCGGGGUGGCGCCGGACGACAAGGAGAAGGGACCCGGCGGCGGAGGAGGAGGCGGCGGCGGCGGAGGAGGAGGCGGCGGCGGCGGAGGCGGCGGCGGCGGCGGCGGCGGGGGGGAGGAGAAGAAGGGGGCGGGCGAGGGCGGCAAGGACGGGGAGGGGGGCGGCGGCAAGGAGGGCGAGAAGAAGAACGGCAAGUACGAGAAGCCCCCGUUCAGCUACAACGCGCUCAUCAUGAUGGCGAUCCGGCAGAGCCCCGAGAAGCGGCUGACGCUCAACGGCAUCUACGAGUUCAUCAUGAAGAACUUCCCGUACUACCGCGAGAACAAGCAGGGCUGGCAGAACUCCAUCCGCCACAACCUGUCGCUCAACAAGUGCUUCGUCAAGGUGCCGCGCCACUACGACGACCCGGGCAAGGGCAACUACUGGAUGCUGGACCCGUCGAGCGACGACGUGUUCAUCGGCGGCACCACGGGCAAGCUGCGGCGCCGCUCCACCACGUCGCGCGCCAAGCUGGCCUUCAAGCGCGGCGCGCGCCUCACCUCCACCGGCCUCACCUUCAUGGACCGCGCCGGCUCCCUCUACUGGCCCAUGUCGCCCUUCCUCUCGCUGCACCACCCCCGCGCCGGCGGCGCGCUCAGCUACAACGGCACCGCCUCGGCCUACCCGAGCCACCCCAUGCCCUACAGCUCCGUCUUGACUCAGAACUCGCUGGGCAACAACCACUCCUUCUCCACCGCCAACGGCCUCAGCGUCGACCGCCUCGUCAACGGCGAGCUGCCCUACGCCACGCACCACCUGACGGCCGCCGCCGCGCUCGCCGCCUCCGUGCCCUGCGGCCUCUCGGUGCCCUGCUCCGGGACCUACUCGCUCAACCCCUGCUCCGUCAACCUCCUGGCGGCCGGCCAGACCAGUUACUUUUUCCCCCACGUCCCGCACCCGUCCAUGACCUCGCAGGGCGGCGCCGGCGGCGGCGGCGGCGGCGGCGGCGUCGCCGCCAUGGGCGCCCGCGUCGUCUCCUCCUCGUCCUCCUCGUCCGCCUCGCCGCAGGCCCCGGCGUCGAGCGCGCUGCCCUGCGACUCGCUCAGACCCUCGCUGCCCGGCUUCGCCACGGGACUGUCCGGGGGACUGUCCGACUACUUCACGCACCAGAACCAGGGGUCUUCUUCUAACCCUUUAAUACAUUAA